AUGACGUCCACCGAAGAACUCAGGCCCAAGGCCCGCUCUACGCACAACGCAUCCACCACUGCUUCCGAGUUUGAGAUGCGAGAUUAUACUAAUCAUAAUGCAGAGUCUGGCGAGGGAGAGAAAUACUUUAGCCUUGCUCGCCUCGUCUGGAUCCACGCCGAUGAGCGCCCAGAGUCGGAGAUCGAAGAUCUCCUUGCCAAGGUAUCAUUCUGCAAUCUCCUGGUGACCUUUUGCAUCGCACUAAAGCACCGACUGCGCUUCGAACCCUAUACACAUUACGAUGACCUCAAGUUUCGCCUAAAGCAUCUUUCCACUCUUGCACACAAGGCAGAGCCCCGUGAUUGGCAGGACCCUUCAAGCUUGAAGUUGAUUGGAUUGCUACUGGGUCUGCCAAUGGCCGAAGACAACCCGAGAAAGCUGAUGAAGGGAUCAAGUAGUCCUCUUGGCAAUAUACCCUUGGAGCUGCUAAGUGCCUGCUCGGCAUAUAUCAAGACGAUCAUCAACAACGGCACUUUCAAGACACCAUUCUACCAGGCCCAGUCCCUAACUUUCAUCUCUCAGAUGAACGAUGCACUUGCCGGAACGGAGCGAGUGCUAAACACGCCGCUCCCGCUGGCAUACUCAAUCGCCAUCUCACAGAUUACAUGGGUCUACAUCCUGAUCCUACCAUUCCAGCUCGUCAAGGCGCUGAAAUGGGUUACUAUACCGGCAACCUUCUUCGCGGCGUACAUCAUUUUAGGAAUUGCGUUGAUUGGCAGCGAGGUUGAGAACCCUUUCGGCUACGACGUCAACGAUUUGCCGCUCGACCACUUUUGUGAGCAAAUCAGGCACGAUAUAGAGAUCAUCAUGUCUCAGCCCGCAGCAACCGACUUUGAGAAGCACGACGAAAAUGCCAUCCUCUAUCCGCUGAGCCAACAGGGCUAUCAAGCUUUGCGCAACAGCAAAACCGUCCAGGAGAUUAGGGAGCUGCUCCGUGCUAAGCCAGAUUUAACGGCAGCCGAGGGUUGCACACAUGUAUAA